UCCUUCACCUCUCCCCUCCCCGCCGCUCGCGCCUCCGAAGUCCGAACCCAAUUCCAAACGCAAAUUACACCAAACCAUCCCCGAAUCAUGUCAAAAUUUCCCCAAUACGCGUCCAAACCCCACCCGACCACCCUCCCCCAAAUUCGUUUCGAAUCAGAUUACCGACGCGACCACCCAUCUGGGCUCUGGCCGCCUCGCCCCCCGUCGCUCCCUUCCAUGGCGUUUCACGUCGCGUGCCCCAUCACUUGCAGGAGGGUGUGCGACUGCGAGCUAGGGUUCGGCGCCGCAGCGGCGAGGAAGGGAGGAGGGGGUGGUGCUGCGGCGGCGGUAUGGGCGGGCACGGCGGCGGUGCUCGAGGGGUUCCUCGUGGAUCCGUGGCUGCUGCGGCCGGCUGGGGCCGUGGACGAGGAUGCGGCGACGGUGCAGGUGGAAGUGCCGCCCCUGGAGCCGGACCCUGAGGAUGGGGAGGACGAGGCGCGCCGGGCGGCAGCGCAGCGCGGCGCCGCCGCGGCAGAGGACCUCGCCAGGCGCUUCGAGAGCGGUGCCUACGGAUCGCCGGAAGCAGGAGAAGAUGAAGACGAGUGGGAUCGAGAGGAUCAAGGAAAUGCUGCUGUCAAGGUUAUGUGCCGUUUAUGCUUUUCAGGAGAAAAUGAGGGCAGCACGAAAGCUGCCAAAAUGCUUCCUUGCAAACUCUGCAGCAAACGGUAUCAUAGAAACUGUUUGAAAAGCUGGGGGGAACAUAGAGACCUUUUCCAUUGGAGUUCAUGGGUAUGUCCUUCUUGCCGCAGUUGUGAGGUAUGCCGACGUCCUGGUGACCCCAACAAGUUGAUGUUCUGUAAAAGGUGUGAUGGCGCUUAUCAUUGUUACUGUCAGCAACCAUCACACAAGAAUGUUACUCAUGGACCAUAUUUAUGUCCAAAACAUACAAGGUGCCACAGCUGUGGAUCUGGUGUGCCUGGUAGUGGACACAGCACAAGGUGGUUUUUGGGGUACACAUGCUGUGAUGCGUGUGGACGAUUGUUUGUGAAAGGAAACUACUGUCCAAUCUGCUUGAAGGUUUAUAGAGACUCUGAAGUGAUACCUAUGGUUUGCUGCGAUGUUUGUGAAAAGUGGGUGCAUAUUGAGUGUGAUGGCAUCAGUGAGGAAAAGUACCAACAAUUCCAAGCUGAUCAAAACCUUCAGUACACAUGUGCAGCAUGCCGUGGUGAAUGCUCCCAGAUCAGAGACACUGAGGAUGCAAUCCGGGAGCUUUGGAAGAGGAGGGAUGUUGCCGAUCAUGAGCUUAUGGCUACUUUACGGGCUGCUGCUGCACUGCCUUCUCUUGAAGAUGUCUCACCACCUUAUCAAAACUCUGAUGAUGAGAAACUCGGUGCAUAUGCAUUGAAAAAUGAGAGUAGAAAUACUCUAAAGUUUUCAUUGAAAAGUAACAGUAGUAAACCUCCACCAGAUACACCUGAGCAAGAGAAGAUUGUUUUUAAGAGCUCUGGAUCAAAUAAGAAGCCUUCCAAAAAGAAAAGUGGUCAGGCUAAUAAAACAGUUGAUGGCCAUGAUGAAAUAUUUCUGGAGAGAAGGCAUGCUGUUAAAUCAUCAAAUAGCUGUUUGGGAGAUCAAACUAUAAAUGAGAAUCAUGACAGGAGCCCUUUUAAAAAUGAUGAUAAUGUCUAUGUUUCAUCUUCAACUCGAAGUUUAGAAAAGAAUUUGAAAUCUCCAUCCAUGAAAGCUGUGGCAAACAAUGCUGAUAUGAUACCCAAAGUCAAGAUUAAAGGCAGUAAGGUUUCGAGUUUGCAUUACAAAGAUGGUGAAGAAAAUACUCCUAAGAAUGACACUGGAAAAGCUACCAAGUUGGUUAUCCAUCUUGGUUCACGGCAUAAAACUAGGAGUGGCUCUCCUAAGUCGGAACUGUCCAAUUCUCAAAGAGAGCAAGAUUUGGGUUCAAUACAUGGAGGGAAAAUAGAUGUCACAAGCCAGCUGAAAAGUUCAAGAAACGAGGUAAAAGAGAGAAGUGUAAUGAAGUUAGUUAGAGAUACUGGGGUGCAACAAAGAAAUAGCCUUUUGGGCGAUCUUGGUACCUCAAAGAAGCAUGCAACUGGGAAAAGGAGCAAUGCUCUAAUUUCUGGAAUGGAAAAUGCAAAUGAAACUGGUACUAGAAACAGAUCAUUUGCACAGAAACAAUCUCAUUCUAGUCAGGUGGAGAACCAUGGAACUGCUGACUCUCCUGAUAGCUUGAAGCCAUCAUUGCUCAAACUCAAAUUUAAGCGUCCACAUUUUGAGCAGCUAAACACCCAGGCCUCUCAACCAGAGGAGCCGACCUCCUGGGUUUCUCAGCAGGAGGAGCAGUUAAAUGUUGCUAAAGGCCAGAGAUCAAAGAGGAAGAGGCCUUCGAUGGAGAAGGCAGAUGGUUUGGACGGUAUAACUCCAGCCAAGAGGCAUCAGCAGAGCACAGAUGAAGUGAUGGACGCAAACUGGAUUCUACGCAAGUUGGGCAAGGAUGCGAUCGGAAAGAGGAUUGAGGUCCAUCUAACUUCUGAUGGCAAAUGGCAUCAAGGGAUGGUGUCUAAUGUCAUGGGUGGCACACUGUGUAUUCGGUUAGAUAAUGGCAGGUCUGAGAACGUGGAGCUGGGGAAGCAGGCCAUCCGCUUGAUUGCUUCAAGAUCGAAGGGCGGGAAGCGAUGAAACCUUUUCCCCAUAAUAUGCAGCUUAGGACCUGUUCUCGCUCAAUACAUUGCGCCAUGAUUAUGGCAGGUAGAGUCCUCCCCCCCUGAGGUUUGACAUCCGCUGGAGCACAGCCUCUCAGCCUUUGCUGACUGGACGAGAUACUGAGCGCAACUUCCAUCUGUUGCGCCAUGUUUCGCUAGCCUAGCGUGUAACAGACAUCGUUUUUUGGUGUUGGAAGCCCCAUUGGCUUUCGACUAGAUUCUGUUAGGGUAGGGAAUGAGGUUUUAGAUCACCUUGGAUGUAAGAGAAGCAGGUAGCGCCGUGUCUGGAGUGUUUUGUAUGUUUAGUUUUCCGACGAGUUUCUCGACAAUUUGUUAUUCACUUAUAUUUGGUUGCUGGUGUUAUUUGCUGGCCAAUCAAUGUCUUUUUGUGAUAGUAAUAA